AGGUUUGGGUGUGGAGCUUGCCUCCUUUUUCUCCCUUGCUUGGGCAGAAAUCUCGCCAUUCUUUACUUCGGAAAAGGAUAAUUUGCCGUGGGAAGAAUAAUGUUUAAAGGUUUCCCAUCGUGAGGGCGUUUUCUGCAUUUACUGUCGUGGGAGCUUACUUGAGAGGAGGAGAUCCCUUGGUAGUACGUUAUAAAGAAAAGACUAGCAGUCAAGUAUUCCCUGGAAAAGCUUACAGAAGAUAGUGUCUGUCCUAAAAUUCCAGCUUGAUGGAAAUGCCUAUCUAUCCUGUACCUAAAAGGUGCCAUACUGAUACACUUGGGGUUUCCUCAAAAAAAUAUGCCCCAGAGAAUAUCAUUGCUAAAAGCAACGGAUUUGGCCCUCAGGUUACAUCACAAGCAACAGGGAAGGAGAGAGAUACACCACUAUCACAGUCCUGGAGCAAAACUGAAGAAAUAAAUAGAACCUAUGUGAUUUCUGCCUGCAAGAAAUUGGGUGAGGCUUCAGUGGCAUGUACGAGUGAAGGUAAGAAGCUGAGCCUCCAAAGAAGGACAGUGGCAAGCAAAGGACAUUUUGAUCAGGACGCCGCACUUGAUAUUGAUACUACACAGUCCCAAAGGCAUCCGACACUACAGCAGCGUCUGAGGACUGGAUCAAAUGAGAAGUAUAAAAUAGACAACGCUCUUGAAGGCAGAAUGAAAAAUGAAGUAUCUCUCACACAGAAGAGCAAUGAAACUUUAUUUACACCAAAAUAUAACAGCAAGGACACUCCACUUGUUAAAAAUGGCCUUCAGUCACUCAGAGAUCAUACAGAUAUAAGGAGAAGUUUGGAACAGAAAAAUGAUUUCCUUUUUAAUCACAAUGGUUCCGGUGGUACUAGGAACUAUUCUUCUGUGAAACAAAGGGCAGUCGGUACUAAUUCACAAAAUGAGGUUCUUCGUUCAGUGCCAUUAACAGCUGCAAAACCUGAAAUCAGGACGUUAAAACUGGCUGAAAAAGUUAAUUUCAGUAAGUUCAAUGAGACUGGCAGUGAGCAAAACAGAUCUAUUAAAAAUGGAAUUUUGGAAAGACAGAAGACACCAAGGAAAGUGAUAGCAGAAGGUAUUAAAUUUACAGGAAAAUAUGGAUCUCUUCAAGAUGCCAAAAGUCCUGGUCUCUCCACUGUAAGGAACAAGACAACAUAUCUUCAAAUAAUCCCGCAGAAGAAAUCCAGUGUUUCUAAUCCUCUAACCAAUAAAAAUAGAAGGGAACGAGAAAACAGCAUGGACACUUUGCUGAAAGACAAUACUCCAAUUCAGAACACAUGCACCAAAGAUGAUCUUUUCAAAGUGGAAAACAGUAAAGUGACUGUUGCAGUGAGAGUACGCCCCUUCAGCACCAGAGACAAAAAUGAAGAAACAUUGCAGGUGGUAUCUAUGUCAGGACAAGAAACUGUUGUUCACCACCCAGAUACAAAACAAGUGUACAAUUUCAUUUUUGACUUUUCAUUAUGGUCGGUUGAUAAGCAACACUGUAACUUUGCAAGUCAGGAAAUGGUCUAUCAGUCAGUGGCUUCCCCUCUCCUGGAAACAGCCUUUGAGGGAUACAACACCUGCCUCUUUGCAUAUGGACAGACUGGCUCUGGGAAGUCCUAUACCAUGAUGGGGUUUGAUGAUGACGAACGAGGAAUAAUACCAAGAUUUUGUGAAGAUCUCUAUACUCGGAUAGCAAAUAUGGAAUCACAGCAGACUUACCACCUUGAGAUGAGCUAUUUUGAAGUCUACAAUGAAAAAAUUCAUGAUUUACUUGUGUUCAGAACUGAAAAUGGACACAGGAAACAGCCUCUUCGUGUAAGAGAACAUCCAAUCUUUGGACCCUUUGUGGAAGAUCUGACAGUGAAUGUGGUCAGUUCUUACUCAGAUGUCCAGAGAUGGCUCCAGCUAGGAAAUAAACAGAGAGCUACUGCUGCCACAGGCAUGAAUGACAAGAGUUCUCGGUCGCAUUCUGUUUUUACCCUUGUAAUGACGCAAACAAAGACCAAUAUUGUGGGGAAGGAGGAAUGUGAACAUCGAAUUAUCAGUCGCAUGAAUCUAAUAGAUCUGGCAGGCAGUGAACGCUGCUCAGCAUCUCAAACCACUGGAGACAGACUGAAGGAAGGUAUGAUUAUUAACAAAUCCCUGUUGACUUUGGGAAAAGUUAUUUCUACACUGUCUGAGCAAUGUCAGAGCAAGAAGAAAGUGUUCAUUCCCUACCGUGAGUCUGUGCUUACAUGGUUGUUGAAGGAAAGCCUUGGUGGAAAUUCAAAAACGGCUAUGAUUGCUGCCAUAAGCCCUGCUGCCAGCAAUGUGGAGGAAACGCUGAGCACCCUUCGAUAUGCUAAGCAAGCAUGUUUCAUAAUCAACAUUGCCAAAGUAAACGAGGACAUGAAUGCUAAGCUAAUCCAAGAAUUGAAAGCUGAAAUUGACAAGUUGAAAUUGGCUCAGAAGAAUGUUCAGAAUAUUGACCCUGAGAAACGCAGACUUUAUGUGCAAGAAAUAACCUCUCUGAGGAUGAAGCUACACCAGCAAGAGAGGGAAAUGGGCGAGAUGCAGAGGGCCUGGAAAGAAAAACUUGAACAAGCAGAAAAAAAGAAAUUUGAAGAAACAGUGGAGUUACAGAAAGCAGGCAUUACAUUCAAGAUGGACAACAGUCUACCUAACUUGGUCAAUUUGAACGAAGACCCCCAGCUCUCGGAGAUGCUGCUAUAUAUGAUAAAGGAAGGUCAGACUACAGUUGGAAAAUGCAAGCCAAAUUCAGGUCAUGACAUCCAGCUCUCGGGAGCCUUGAUUGCUGAUGACCACUGUGUUAUCAAACACAUGGAAGGUGCUGUGAGCAUCACACCGCUGGGAGAAGCAAAAACAUAUGUUAAUGGACAAUGCAUUUCAGGCCCUACAUUUCUGCAUCACGGUGACCGCAUCAUUCUUGGGGGGAAUCACUAUUUUCGCUUUAAUCAUCCUGUAGAAGUUCAGAAAGUCAAAAACAUUUCUCAUAAGGCUUCCCUGCCAGAUGACCGUCCGAAAGACUUUGAAUUUGCUAAAAAUGAAUUGCUGUCUGCGCAAAGGGUUGAGCUGGAAUUGGAAAUUGAAGAAGCACGACUAAGAGCAAAGGAAGAAAUGAUGCAAGGAAUCCAGAUUGCAAAAGAAAUGGCUCAACAAGAACUCACUUCUCAGCAAAAAAUCUAUGAAAGCCAGAUAAAAUCACUGGAGGUACAGCUGGAAAAAGAAUCGCACAGGAAACAACUGCAGGAAAUGAAUACUCAAAUGGCAACAGACAAAAUCCAAGAGUUGGAGAAAGCAAAGCGAGGCCUUGAACUGGAAGUACACUUUAACAAGAAGCGCUUGGAAAUGGAGACACUGGCUGCCAGAGAGGCACUAGAAGAUCAUGCGAUUCGUCAUGCCAAGAUUCUGGAUGCUCUGGAGGCUGAGAAGCAGAAAAUUGCUCAGGAAGUACAAACUCUUCAGCAGAGUCACGGAAGCAGAAAUAAAGCAGACCCAAACUGGAGUUCUUUGAAACUAUCCAUGAUGAUCAAAGAGGCCAAUACUAUGAGCAGUAAAUUAGAUAAACACACUAUUUUUUAUAGGCAUGAUGAAAUGAAGACAGACAGUGGGAAGGGCUGUUCUGUUCAAGUGCAGGUCCGUAACAUCAGACUGGGUGUUUCAACUUUCUGGAGUCUGGAGAAGUUUGAGUACAAGUUGGCUGCAAUGAAAGAACUCUAUGAGACCAAUAAUACUAGCAAAGUUGAUGAGAUUUUUUAUGAUCCCAUGGAUGAAUGGGAACCUGAUCUUUCGAAUGCAUCCAUGUCAUCAUUUUCUAGAAGAAGAAGCAGAAGUCUGAGGAAAAGCAAGCGAAUUUCAGGAUGUUUGUCCGAGGUAAAACUGAGUCUGCACAAUCCACAUUCAACAGGCACAAUAAAUAAAUUGGAGAGGCCAAGUUUGGAUCCAACGGAAUCAUUUGUACCUGGAAUUUGUAAGGAGCUCAUAAGUUCAGCUCUAGAUGUUUUGGGACAGACUCAGGAAGAAGAGAGCAUAGCACAAAGUCUUUUAGCAACUUUGUUCACCAUUUAUGCUGGAGUUACUGCCAUGAUUCAUGCAUAUGAGCAAGCUGAAGAAAGUCAAGAGAACUUUUUCAUUGUGGACCAGGCUGCUCAGUCCGGCAGCAUCAGAAUCGCUUCUGCCUUUGAACGGCUUGUGGUCUUAAGCAAGCGGUGGCUGAGCAGUUUCCGAAGAAGUGAGGAAUCUGUAGGCGCUUCCGAUGGACUAAAGGAAAGCCUAAAACAUUUGGGAGGAUAUUUGCAAUUGCUGUUGCAGGGUGGGUGUUCAGAUUUGUCUUCAAUAGUCGCAGAGGCACAGAAGAAAAUAAUGAGCACGCUCAAAGAAAUGGUAAAGUGCAUAGGACAUCUGGUGGCACUUACAGGGUUGGACCUAUAUCUUCCAGCAGGAAAUGAAGAUGAUGUGAGCGAUCCCAAGGAAGAACUGAUACCUUAUCUCUACGAUGGUCUGUGUACAGGACUGGAGCAUCUUUCAGACUGCAUUCAGAAAACAACUAAGGAUAUGCAGGAUGACUUCUCAAAAUGGUAUCCACAAAAUGAGGUUCAGAAGCAACUUAAGAAUGAAGCUAUGGCUUUUGCUAACAUCCUUGAAAAUAUCAUAUCUGACUGUAAAAAGAAGAAAAUAGCCCUAUUAAGGAGAGAGGAACUGGUUGAUUUGGAGGUGAACAAAGCAACCAGUAAAGCUGCCAAAUUGUUUGAGCUGCAUCAUUGUCUAGAUCAAGUCUUCCAGAUAGUUACUUCUUCAUUACAAGGGUCAUACAGAAACAAAAAUCCACUGAGAUAUUUUGUAGAGAAGAUUUGCAUCUUAGCUGGGAAUUUUAAUGCUCUGUGCCAUUCAUCUACUUCAACUGUUGUUUCAGCAGGUGGACCGUUUUCCAAAAUAAAAAAUUCUCUUGUGAAUAGUGCUGAACUGGAAUCUGUAGCAAAGUCACUUGUUAUAAGUUUUGAACUUGAACUUGGGUGGAACACGUUUACACUUCAAGAUGAUUGCAUAAGUGAUACUGAAGAGACACAGCUUGAAAAACACAAAGCUACAACAGAAUGGGAGCAUAAAGGAAUUCCAAAACGAGAAUAUAAACUUUGGUCUCUACCUCAGACCACAGGGGAAGCGUCACCUAGUAGAAUUCAUUGGGUAUAAAAUGUUGCUUGAUGAGUGGGAAUAGUUCAGAGUGUAAGAAAUAGCAUAUUCUGUAAAAUAUAGAUUGGCUGUAUGUGGGGAAGCCCUCUGUCCCUUAAAGAGAACCACCUUGGAGGAUGUCCUCUGAACAUCAGAGCUGGUUUUUCCAUGGAAAAACAAUGAAUGCAAGAGGACAUGAAAGGUUCUGAGUUAACCCAUGAUUUUUUGUUGACGCAUGGUACAAAUGGGGCAUAUGCUACAAUGAUUUUGAAAAGCUAUAGAUUCUUGACAGACAAGCACUGAGAAUUCAUGUAAAUGACUACAGCUUGACAUUAAGAAUAUUUUGUCUUCAGUUUGUAACUUAUAUGCAGCACCUAUUUUAAAAGAGCAAAAAGAGAGAAAGGACACUUUGCUCAAUUAUGUCUAUCAGUGGCUUGGUUUUUACAGAGGAUUUCUGCAGAUGGAAGGGAUUUCAGUCCAUGGAACCUGACUUUCAUGUCUCCUCCCUCUCCAAAAUGUCCCCAGUAGAAACCUUGGAAUACCUUGCAGCAGUGGGGGUGAGUUGGAGAUCUACAAUGGGAGGGUAGUAAUCAGCAAAAAACUUCUCCCCUUCCAUCCAUAGUAUUUUUGUGCAAUUAUAUUUUGCCGAUGUCACUGCUGGGAGAGUUGAAAUAACAGUUUAUAUCAUUUAACAGUGCAGCAGGAUCAAGUCAUCAUGAAAAUAUUAAAAUUAUCUUUACAUACUAUUUCAGUUGAAGGGAAUCCAUUGGUGGAUUUUUGGACAAGCGUUAAAACAACAUUAAAACAUUACUUUUCACAUUUUGUUAGAUUCGACCGCAACUUGAAGAUAUAACUUUUGUAAUCAUGUAUUGUGUAUGCACAUGUAUGUUCCUGUACACAUCAGUAUUUGUAAAAUGCCUGUAAAUAUGAGAAUAAAAUUGCAAAAUGUACACAGAUUGCCAGUGUAAGGAAGACACAAAUCUUCCUUUCAGAGCUUCAGAUUGUAUGUAAAUGUAUUUAUGUCAUAAAGUUAUUUUGUUUUUA